GAAAAUUGUUCUCUGAGCGUGCCAGCCACUUGGACUUGGUACCUCACUAAGGAAGAAACACAAUUUUCUAAAGGACUUGUAUUCAUUACAUAUUUAGAGGAUGUGGAAGCUGAAGAUAGCCGAAGGAGGGCCAGAUUUGGUGAGUCUGAACAAUUUCAUUGGGCGGCAACACUGGGAAUUCGACCCCGAUGCCGGUACUCCAGAAGAGCGUGCUGAAGUUGAAAGAAUGCGUGAGGAGUUUAAGAAAAACCGGUUUCAUAAGAAACAAAGUGCUGAUCUUUUGAUGAGGAUGCAGCUUAGAAAGGAGAACCCAUGUGGGCCUAUUCCACCACCAGUCCAAGUGAAAGAAACAGAGGUGAUAACAGAGGAAGCAGUGAUAACUACUCUGAAAAGAGCACUGAGCUUUUUUUCAUCCAUUCAAGCCCAUGAUGGCCACUGGCCUGCUGAAUCUGCUGGCCCUCUGUUUUUCCUUCAACCCAUGGUAAUGGCAUUGUACAUCACGGGAGGUCUCAAUGCUAUACUUUCACCAGCACACCAGAAGGAAAUAAUUCGAUACUUGUAUAAUCACCAGAAUGAAGAUGGAGGUUGGGGCUUCCAUAUUGAAGGUCACAGUACAAUGUUUGGCACAGCUUUGAGCUACAUUGCCUUAAGGCUACUUGGAGAGGGACCUGAAGAUGGUGAAGACAUGGCUAUGGCUAGAGGACGGAAAUGGAUCCUUGACCAUGGUAGUUUAGUAGCAAUUCCAUCAUGGGGAAAGUUUUGGGUCACGGUACUAGGAGUAUAUGAGUGGUCAGGUUGCAAUCCACUGCCUCCAGAAUUCUGGAUUCUUCCUAAUUUCUUCCCUAUGCAUCCAGGCAAAAUGUUAUGCUAUUGUCGCUUGGUUUACAUGCCAAUGUCUUAUUUAUAUGGAAAGAGGUUUGUCGGCCCAAUCACUGGCUUGAUUCAAUCAAUAAGACAAGAGUUAUACAAUGAGCCUUACCAUCAAAUUAACUGGAACAAAGCUCGGAGUACAAUUGCUAAGGAGGAUCUCUACUAUCCGCAUCCCCUUAUGCAAGAUAUGCUAUGGGAUUUUCUUCACCAUGUAGCCGAGCCUAUCCUGACACGUUGGCCCUUUUCAAUGUUGAGAGAGAAGGCAAUAAAAGCUGCAAUUGGUCAUGUACGUUAUGAGGAUGAGAACACCAAAUACCUCUGCAUUGGAAGCGUAGAAAAGGUUUUAUGUUUGCUUGCCCGUUGGGUUGAAGAUCCAAAUUCAGAGGCAUACAAGCUUCAUCUAGCCAGACUUCCAGAUAACUAUUGGGUUGCUGAAGAUGGCUUGAAAGUUCAGAGUUUUGGCUGUCAGAUGUGGGAUGCGGGCUUUGCUAUUCAAGCAAUUCUCUCUUGUAAUCUAAAUGAAGAGUAUGGGUCAACACUCAGGAAAUCACAUGAGUUUGUCAAGGCUUCACAGGUCCGAGAAAACCCUACUGGUGACUUCAAAGCUAUGUACCGACACAUUAGUAAAGGAGCAUGGACUUUCUCAAUGCAGGACCAUGGUUGGCAAGUCUCUGACUGCACAGCAGAAGGGCUAAAGGUUGCACUUUUGUUCUCACAAAUGUCUCAAGACCUUGUUGGCGAAAAAAUGGAGACAGAUCGGUUCUAUGAUGCUGUGAAUGUCAUUCUUUCUCUACAAAGUAGCAAUGGUGGUUUCCCAGCAUGGGAGCCUCAAAGAGCUUACCGUUGGUUGGAGAAAUUCAAUCCCACAGAGUUCUUUGAAGAUACUCUUAUUGAGAGAGAGUAUGUAGAAUGUACUUCAUCAGCGGUUCAAGGCUUGGCACUCUUUAGGAAAUUCUAUCCCAAGCACCGUAGAACAGAGAUAGACAGUAGCAUUUCCAAUGCAAUUCAAUACAUUGAAGACGUACAAGAACCUGAUGGAUCAUGGUAUGGUCAUUGGGGGAUUUGCUACACCUAUGGUACAUGGUUUGCUGUAGGAGGAUUAGCAGCUUGUGGAAGAAACUAUAGAAAUUGUCCUGCAUUGCGCAAAACUUGUGAAUUUCUGCUAUCAAAGCAACUACCUAAUGGUGGAUGGGGAGAGAGUUACCUAUCGAGCCAAAACAAGGUGUGGACAAAUAUAGAAGGCAACUGUGCAAAUUUGGUCCAAACCGCAUGGGCGCUGUUAUCACUCAUUGAUGCUGGGCAGGCCAAGAUAGAUCCAACACCAAUUCAUCGUGGAGUAAGAGUGUUGAUCAAUGCACAGAUGGAAGAUGGUGACUUUCCACAACAGGAAAUCACUGGAGUAUUUAUGAGGAACUGUACACUAAACUACUCAUCAUAUAGAAACAUUUUUCCCAUAUGGGCUCUUGGAGAAUAUCGGAGGCGAGUUCUAUUUGCAUAAAACCUGAAUGCACAAACAAAGGAUUGCAUAUUGAAGUUCACCACCAAUCUCCAAUAUAUGUACAACUUCCACAUAAGCAAGAAAUAUAGAUAACUAUAUACUACUUGAAAGAUGUAAAAUUGUCAUAAUGUAGUUCUUUUUUUUUGUACCAACAUUCGGGUGGCCUAGUUGGUAAGAUACCGGGCCAUCAAGUCUCAGGACUUAAGUUCGAGCCUCAAAUAAUUAGCUGUGUGUUGGUGCUCCUUAUAUCCCAUCUCUAUCCCAAAUGGUCCAAAGAAUAAUAAGUGAGUUUCUCACAAACCCGAAGUAUGGAGUCUCACCCGGGAGCGGAUAGGGUGCUACUAUGCUCAUGCCCAAGUACGAAGGGAAGCCACACUAGUCACCCCCCUCUACCCAUUUUUUUUUAACCAAAAUAAAAAGUAGUUUUUUUGUGAGACAAAUAGUUUCACUCUACUACCCAAAAAAAAAAAAUGUCCAUUUAGUUUGUGUAAGGAUGUAUUUGUGGACUUACCUAAAAGGAAAUGUAAUAUUUGUGUAUGCUAUAUGUGCAAGUGCCACAUACCGUGUAGUGUGUAUACUUUAGUAAGAAAUGUAUAAACAAAUAUAUAAGGAUAGAGGCUUUUUAACUUU